AUGGGGACCGUGUCUGUCUGGGUCUCAGGCCUCCUGAUUCUCCAGAUGCUGCUCUUUGUGGCUGGGGAACAGGGCACACAGGACACCACCGCUGCUGCCGCUGCUGAGAAGGGACUCCAUAUGCAGAAGGUGGGGUCUGGGUCGGUGCGGGCUGCACUGGCAGAGCUGGUGGCCCUGCCCUGUCUCUUCACCCUGCAGCCACGGCCAGGUGCAGCCCGAGAAGCCCCUCGGAUCAAAUGGACCAAGGUGCGGACUGCAUCAGGCCAGCGGCAGGACUUGCCCAUCCUAGUGGCCAAGGACAACGUGGUUCGAGUGGCCAAGGGCUGGCAGGGACGCGUGUCGCUACCUGCCUACCCCCGGCACCGGGCCAACGCCACAUUGCUACUGGGGCCACUGAGGGCCAGCGACUCCGGGCUCUACCGCUGCCAGGUGGUGAGGGGCAUCGAGGAUGAGCAGGACCUGGUGCCCCUGGAGGUGACGGGUGUUGUGUUCCACUACCGAGCAGCCCAGGAUCGCUACUCGCUGACCUUUGCUGAGGCCCAGGAGGCCUGCCGUCUCAACUCAGCCACCAUUGCAGCCCCGCGGCACCUGCAGGCUGCCUUUGAGGAUGGCUUUGACAACUGUGACGCCGGGUGGCUCUCUGAUCGCACGGUUCGGUAUCCUAUCACCCAGUCCCGUCCUGGUUGCUAUGGUGACCGUAGCAGCCUUCCAGGGGUGAGGAACUAUGGGAGGCGAGACCCACGGGAACUCUACGAUGUGUAUUGCUUUGCCCGUGAGCUGGGGGGCGAGGUCUUCUACGUAGGCCUGGCCCGCCGCCUGACGCUGGCCGGCGCGCGUGCCCAGUGCCGCCGCCAGGGCGCCGUGCUGGCCUCGGUAGGACAGCUGCACCUGGCCUGGCAUGAGGGCCUGGACCAGUGCGACCCGGGCUGGCUGGCCGACGGCAGCGUGCGCUACCCGAUCCAGACGCCGCGCCGGCGCUGCGGGGGCCCAGCACCCGGCGUGCGCACCGUCUACCGCUUAGCAAACCGCACAGGCUUCCCGGCGCCGGGAGAGCGCUUCGACGCCUACUGCUUCAGAGCUCAUCACCCUGCAUCACAACAUGGAGACCCAGACACCCCCUCAUCUGGGGAUGAGGGGGAGAUUCUGUCCGCAGAAGGGCCCCCCGCCCGAGAACUGGAGCCCAGCCUGGAGGAGGAAGAGGUAGUCACCCCAGACUUCCAGGAGCCUCUGGUGUCCAGUGGGGAAGAAGAGCCUCUGGUCUUGGCAGAGAAGCAGGAGUCUCGAGAGACCCCCAGCCCUGCCUCUGGGGGCCCCACACUGGCCUCAAGGCCUGCUCUGGAAGCUGAGGAGGUGUGGUUGAGCACAGUGGCCCCCAGCCUCAGCAGCGAGGAGGCAGGCCCUUCGGUGGGCAUGCACACAGAGGCAACCCCAGCCAGCACCACACCCAGGAGGAGGGGGCGCUUUAAAGGGUUGAAUGGGCGCCACUUCCAGCAACAGGAACCCCAGCGAGGGCUGAAGGGGGUGCUCGAGGCCAGCGUCCAGCCCCCCACCCCAGAGGCUGCUGGGAAUUACGUGGAGCCUCCCCUGGCCACAGGAGCCACAGAUGCCUUGGGGAGUGGCCGGAGCCAAAGCCCCUGGGCUGUGCUGACCAAUGAGGUGGAUGUGCCUGGAGCUGGUUCCCCUGGUGGCAGGAGCCCCCCAGAGCCCUGGCUGUGGCCCCCAACCGUGGUCCCACCCAUCCUCCCAGACCCCAGCAGAACCCUUGGCCUGGAAUUAGAGGAAGCCAAGGGCCCCAGUGUGAGGCCAGACACCCCUGACCUGCCCUGGUCCCCCUCGGAAGCCACUGCCUUGGCUCCCAACCCCUUGAAGGGCCCCAGCACUGCCCGCUGGGAGGCUUCUCCAACAGUCACUUCUUCAGACCUCCCCGUCAUGGCCAUGCUUCGUGCCCCCAAACUGUGGCUCCUGUCACACCCUACACCCCUCCCCACCGAGGCCCGUGGGGUCAAGGGGCAUAGGGAGGCCGUGGCUGCUGCCCCACCCUCCCCUGCCUCGGAGAUCGAGGCCAGCCCCCAGGAUCCCAUCCAUCCAGAAGUGCAUUCCCCGCCCUUCUCCUCGGGCCUGACAGUGCAAGGUGGAGAGGCCACGUCCCCGACCCCCAGCAGCCAUGGAGAAGAAAGUCCUACAGCCCCUUUGCAGGCAGCCACAGACACACAAGCUGGCGUCCGUCCUAACUCCCUCAGAGCAGACUUUGGAAAAAUUGAGGGGACCCGCCCUACUGGGCUCAGCAAAGCUGAGCGCCCCAGAUCCAGCCCACAGCUUUCUGUGGAUGGGAAUGUGGUGGCAAACGUCGCUCCCACAGAGACUGCCACCGAGCCCAUGGGAGCCGGAGGCAUCUCGGGGUCUGAGUCUGGGGUCUUCAACACAGCAGAGAGCCCCACUUCCAGCUUGCAGGCCACCUUGGACGAGGCACAGGGCACGCGGCCAUCGCUGCGCAGUGGAGGGCCAGACCCCCACUCCCCAUCUGCACCCUUGGGGGUUCCUGGAGUCUCCUUGAUGCCCAAGGUCACCCUGCGUUUGGAGCCUUGGGCUGCUGCAGAUGGAGGAAACGUGGAUCCCAUGGAUUCCACGACCACACUAGACACCAGCGAUGCUGGGGGGAAUUGGGAACCUGGAUCCCACGUGGUUGAGGGAGCUGAAAGCCCCACCUUGAGCCCUCAAAUGGCUGCGGAUACAAGUGAGGUGAUGUCCCUCGUGUCCCUGGACCUGGGGGAAAAGGUUGGGGUCCUGGCCGUGUCCACAAUGGCCUCCUCAAGCUCCCAACCACAUCCAGAGCCGGAGGGCCAGAUAGUGACCCAGAGAACCUUGGGAGCCUUGGAGCCUCCAUUUGAGGGCAUCCCCUCAGGGGAGCCCGUUCUUCCUCCUUGGACACCGACAGCAGCCAGCAAGGACGAACCCAUUUCAAUUUCCUCGGGGGAGCCUACAGUGCCGUGGGACUCCCCCAGCACCCUGCUGCCUGCCUCCCUGGGCCCAGAGGAGUUUGAGCUGGAGGUCCUGGCGGGGAGCCCAGGUGUGGAGAGCUUCUGGGAGGAGGCAGCAAGUGGAGAGGAGCCGGCCCUGCCAGGGAGCCCUGCAAAUGGGAGUGCAGAGGAGGUCCCCUCGGAUCCCUGUGAGAACAACCCUUGCCUGCAUGGGGGCACCUGUAAAGCCAGUGGCACCAUGUAUCGCUGUAGCUGUGACCAGGGCUUCACCGGAGAGAACUGUGAGAUCGAUAUAGACGACUGCAUCUCCAGCCCCUGUGAGAAUGGAGGCACCUGCAUCGACGAGGUCAACGCCUUUGUCUGCCUUUGCCUUCCCAGCUACGGGGGCAGCCUCUGCGAGAAAGACACAGAGGGCUGUGACCACGGCUGGCACAAGUUCCAGGGCCACUGCUACCGCUACUUUGCCCAUCGGCGGGCAUGGGAGGAUGCCGAGAGGGACUGCCGCCGUCGAGCCGGCCACCUGACCAGCAUCCACUCACCUGAAGAACACAGCUUCAUUAACAGUUUUGGGCAUGAAAACACGUGGAUCGGCCUGAACGACAGAAUCGUGGAGAGGGAUUUCCAGUGGACGGACAACACGGGGCUGCAAUAUGAGAACUGGCGGGAGAACCAGCCGGACAAUUUCUUCGCGGGUGGGGAGGACUGUGUGGUGAUGGUUGCACAUGAGAGCGGGCGCUGGAAUGAUGUUCCCUGCAACUACAACCUCCCCUAUGUCUGUAAGAAGGGCACAGUGCUGUGUGGUCCCCCUCCAGCAGUGGAGAAUGCCUCACCCAUCGGUGCCCGCAAGGCCAAGUAUAAUGUCCAUGCCGCUGUACGCUACCAGUGCGAUGAAGGGUUUGUUCAGCACCACGUGGCCAUCAUCCGGUGCCGGAGCAAUGGCAAAUGGGACCGGCCCCAAAUCGUCUGCACCAAACCCAGACGGUCCCAUCGGAUGCGGCGACACCAUCACCACCAUCACCACCACCACCAGCAUCGCCACCACAAAUCGCGCAAGGAGCGCAGAAAACACAAGAAGCACCCAGCAGAGGACUGGGAGAAGGAAGAAGGGAAUUUCUGCUGAAGAAGCAGGCAGAAGAAAGCACAAUCCCCUUCCCACACCUCCCCUGGAGCCUUCACCUGGGGAGACAGAGCCCAGAGAGAAACAAGAGGGUCCGGAAGCCCCUGAGCCCCAAACCACAUCCCCCCAUAUAUAACCAUUUGUAAAAAGCUCCUCUCUCCUCUUUCUUACAUAUACAAGGUCCUCUUGGCAGGUGCAGCCAUGUGUCUGAAAAGUCAGUUCGAGUCAGGCUGAACUCUGGGAGCAUCUCCCAGUGGAGGGAAGCACAAUUGUCAAAGAUCAUUCUUUCCACUGGUUUAGUCUUUUGUUGGCAAGGCUGAUUGCCACUUGCAGAAGUAAGGCUUUGAUGAGGGUGCAAGAAUGUGUGUUUGGAUGUGCAUUAGGAAUUACUUUUACCACCAGAGUUUCAGAUUUAGUAAACUGUCAGAUGUCCUAAAUGCAGGCUGAAGCCCUUAGUGAAGGUCAUUGGCUUUGGGAGUAGAAAAUUACGUGGAAGCACACUGCUUGAACUUGAUGACUGCUCUUCCUUCACCUUGGACCUCAGCCCAAGUUCGGUCCUUAAUCUUGGUGGAUAAACCCAGUGCGGGAAUCCUUUGUACUGAAUUUUAGGAAUGUUUUUUAGAACAACAGCCCUCCGUGCCCUCAGAGUUAGAGGUCAGAAGAGUCAGAGAAAUUUGUGGGCAAUGAAGGGAAGUUGUAUUGUUUUCCCUCCCAGGUCUAGUCCAGUGCUGAGAUUUGGUGGUUCUGCAUGUGUGGUGAAUUUUAUAUACACAUACACACACGCACACACACAUGAAAGGAUGUUUAGGGCUCGACCAGCUCAGAUUUCCUCCCCCUCCAUCUCUCAGGGAGACAAAGAACCUCCUUCCUGGACCAAGGAGGUGCCAAGUUUUCUAUCUCAGUGCCCAUAUCCAUCCUUCAAGCAGACAUUGGUAGUGCCCCUGCCCUGGGUCCCACCCCUACCCUCACCCCAUCCCUGUCUCCAUUCAUUGCCUGGUGGACUAGAAAUGCUUAAAACUUGAAGUAGUGACAUCUACCCGCAGUCAUGUAGAGAGAUGUGCAGUGUUAAAACUGAAACAUACACACAUUUUUCUCUCAGUUUUUUAAUUUUUUAAGUGCUACAGAACUCACCUUGCCUUCCUCCCCGGAACCUGCAACCUAUAAAAGUCUCCCCAAGCCAGAAGUCAGGAUUCAGCUUCCUGAUCUCUGGCAGGCAAGAUCCAUAGCUUUUUCUUCAUGUCUUUGUCCACUCUCAACCUCUCUAGUUUGGGUAACAUUUGUGGAUUAGUGUUUAAAACCACAGUGGAGGAUAGCCCUCUGCAGGAAAGAAAAAUAAGCAAAUGUACGCUCCAUCUAAGGGUUCAGUAGAGAAAGAAAUGUGUUGCCUGAGCCUAGAUCCCUCCUGGGAAGUAAUAAUCACAGUAGACACCUGUGGAGUAGGUAUCAUGCUAAGGACUUACACUGCCUCCUCAAAUCUUCUUAGCCCGGUGACUUAGGAACCAUUAUCUCCCCAUUUUACACAAGACAAAACAGAGGCUCAGAAAAGAGAAAGGCACUGGCUAGCAAGACAGGAAUAAGGAUUUCGUCCUGCCUCUGGCUAACUCCAAACCCUGCUCCCUAUUUUAGGGGAAGGAACUGAAACCUAAUCAUGCUCUAACACACAGGAUGGUUUAGGAAAAGACUGAGAAGUGCAAACUAGACCUGCAUCCUUAACCCUGCUCUAGACAUUGUCCACUGUUCCAUCUUAUGGUUAUUGUUGAGAAACUCCAGGGAUAUAGGUCUGCCUACCUUUGAUAAUUCCUCUUGGUUUAGAAAAUAUAAAAACAGUAACAUAUCUUCAGUCAUCCAUGUCGUAAAAGGAUUUUCCUUUGUUUGGAGUGGUGGGGGGGCUCUGGGGAUGCAACUUUUUUGGAGGGUGUUGGUUUAUGCUCCUUGCCCUUGGCCCCCUCAGCCCUUUGCCCGGCCCCCACCCCAGCUCCGUGGUGGGAGGGGGCUCUGAUCUUUUCUAAAGUGGGUAGUUUGUCUUUUGGUCUUUCCCUUUGAGAUGUGCGUGUGUGUUUGCGUGUGCUGCGUGCGUGGCAUGCGUGUGAGUGUGUGUGCGCGUGAACAGCUUUGGAGCCCGUUGGUUUUGCUGUCAGCUGCAGUGUUCCGUGGGUCUGUGGUAUCUGACACUGUGGACAUUAAUGUACUUCUUGGACAUUUUAAUAAAAUUUUUUAACAGUUCAA